AUGGGAUACGGACCGUCAGGUGUGUAUAUCCUUGAUAUGAAAGGAAAAACCAUCAUCCACCGUGCAUAUCGUCGCGAUGCACCUGCUUCUACAACAGUAAGCGACAGAUUCACCCGGUUAGUUCUGGAAGCUGAAGAAGAAAACAUCAAGCCAGUUUUCCUUCACAAUGACAUCAACUACAUGUGGAUCCGCUACAACAAUUUAUUCAUCGUCGGUACCAGUGCCUUAAAUGCAAAUGCUAUGAUGGUCUUUGCAUUCCUCUAUAAGCUGGCUGAAGUCCUAACUCACUAUUUCCGAGAGCUUGAAGAAGAAAGCAUAAAGGACAACUUUGUAGUGACUUAUGAGUUAUUAGAUGAAAUGAUUGAUAAUGGGUACCCACAAACAACUGAAUAUAAAGUCCUCAGAGAAUAUAUAAAAAGCGAGUCGCAUAGGCUGCAGCAGGAAGAAGAACAGCAAGCAGUUGUCCCUAUUUCUGUUUCGAAUGCAGUAUCAUGGAGAAGUGAAGGAAUCAAAUAUAAGAAGAACGAAGUUUUUCUUGAUGUGAUUGAAAGAUUGAACUUAUUGGUCGCUUCGAAUGGAAAUGUGCUGAGAUCAGAAAUAUUAGGGGUGCUAAAAAUGAGGACUUUGCUGUCGGGGAUGCCAGAACUAAAAUUGGGGCUUAAUGAUAAACUGUUGUUUGAAGCGACAGGGAGACAGACAAGAGGAAAAGCUAUUGAAUUAGAAGAUAUUAAGUUUCAUCAAUGUGUAAGGUUAGCAAGGUUCGAAAAUGAUAGGACAAUCAGCUUCAUCCCUCCAGAUGGAGAAUUUGAACUGAUGUCAUAUAGGCUAAACACUCAUGUAAAACCAUUAAUUUGGGUUGAAAGCAGAGUUGAGCAUUUAAGCAGCUCAAAGCUAGAACUUGUGGUAAAAGCUAAAAGUCAGUUUAAGACAAGAUCAAUUGCAAAUAAUGUCCAAAUUUUGAUUCCAGUUCCAAAUGAUGCAGCAUCACCUAAUUUCAAAACUACAAUUGGACUUGUGAAAUACGAUCCUACUCAAGAUUCAAUUGUCUGGACACUAAAACAAUUCCAAGGACAAAAAGAAUAUAUGCUAAGGGCUUCAUUCACUUUGCCAAGUGUCGCUAGUGAAGACCGAAACAGAUUCCAAAAAAUUCCAAUAAGACUUAUUUUUGAAAUUCCUUAUUUCACUGGAUAGAAAUAAAAUGGUAACGUUGACAAAAUUGGUCUCUGGGGCGCUCCCUAUGGAGGAGAAUGGGCCCAUACUGAAGCAGCUGAAAACAGGGCCUCUGCCACUUUUUUAAGUAGGCAUUCAGGGAUGGGGAUGCUUCGCCUAAGAGAGGAAAGUGUGUCUCUCCCGAAGGUUUCCUGUCCCUGCCUGAUGGGCGAGACAGGUUUUACCUCUCACAUAGUCUUCGCCUAUCGAGAUUAUUGGGGCAAUCGAUUGUGGUGGCUCUAGCCUAGGGAGCUAAUCCUUAGACUAGGUGAGUCUCGCCAGAAAAUUCAAGAAAGCGAAAUUUUGGUUGUGCCUCACACUAGUGUAUAAGCAUCCAGUGCACGCGCCACUAUACCUGCAUUCAAGGUAGUUCAGCUAAUGGAAAUCCCACUAAUGGCUGCAUAAAUUUAAUAUCAAUCUAUUCACUGUAUCAGGAAUCCAAGUCAGAUACUUAAAAAUCAUAGAAAAAUCAGGCUACCAAGCAUUGCCAUGGGUAAGGUAUAUAACCCAAAAUGGAGAUUAUCAAAUAAGGAUGCUUUAA